GUUUGGUGUUUGAGGUGUCGUACUCUGCAGCCAUCAAAGACUCCACCAGGAGGCGCUACACCAUCGCCAACGCUGUGUGUCUGAUGGAUACAUGUAAAGGGAAGAGUGUGAUCCUGUCCAGUGCUGCGGAGAAGCCUCUGGAGCUCCGAGGGCCCUGUGACAUCACGAACCUAGGUUUGUUGUUCGUUUUGUCAGACGGAGAAGCAAAGGAAGUCGUUUCCUCUACCUGUCGAUCUGUUGUUAUACAUGCAGAAACCAGGAAGACGGCGAGUGGGAUCAUCUACCGUGAAGAGCUGCAGCGAUUCGCCGCCUGCAGACUGUGAAGCUCCCACAGCCAAGAGAGCCACGCCUCAGCUGACAGAGUGACAGACAGCGGAGGAGGGCGGGGCUUCUGGACAAAUUUAUUAUUUUUACAAACUGUUUAUUUAAUAAAGUUUUUGAAACACGAGUC